AGUUGGCAAGAGUUGUGUCAUCAAAGGAGACAAAGGCGACUGAAAACCUCGUACUUUUGUGUGAGUCAAAAACACAACAUUCAAUUCCAUAUUUCACACAAAGACAAAAUGUAAUGGAGGUUAGUAGAGGAGUGUACAGUAGCUCUAGUGAGUGAAGUGUGUGGGUUCCAACACUCCAGGGUCCAGAGGGCCGGGGGGGUCCGACUCCCCGAUGGUGAUGAAACAGCUUACAGUCGCCAUGAAGGAUCCCAUCUACAUCAACCCGCCCUCCAGGACCAGUCCGCUGCCCGACACCGUCAAGGGGGACUGGAACCCACGCAGUCUGUCCACGUUCUCGACGUUUGGAGGCGGGCAGGGCUCUCCACCCCUGAUGGGCCUCAACGGCCACGCCAACGGCACCAUUCACGUUAACGGCACAAAUGGAGUGGGCGGCGGCGUGUCUGUGUUGGUCACGCCCACCAAGACCAACGGCACAGUGACAGUGAACGGGUCCAUGCCGCCUGACCUCCUGGAUAGUCCUGAUGUGAUCCCACACUGCCACAAGCCGCCCCACAGCCUCGGUCCGGAGAUAGUGAGCCAUGUUCCCAAGCCUCUAGGGAUGCCCGUAGUGCCCCCCAGCGUGGAGGGGGUGGUGCGCCCCCGCCACACCCAUAGCAAAUCUUUGGUGGGGGACGAGCUGCAGCCCUUGCCCGCCCCCAGACACACACACUCACGCUCCCUCGUCGACAAUAUGGACCUUCUCCCUCCGAAGUCUCCUGACGGGGUGGGCGUUGCAGAGAUCAAUCUGUUCCUGGGCCCAGCUGACCGUCGCUUCGGGUUUUCUGUGGUGGGAGGCGUCGACGAAGGCUUCCCACCCAGAAUUGACGAGAUGGCCAAAGGGUCGCCGGCGGACAAGGCUGACCUGGAGGUGGGUGACGAGAUCUUGGAGGUGAACGGCAAGAGUCUGGAGGACGCUACGCACACAGAAGUCAUCUCCCAUAUACACCAGUGCAUAAGAUCCAGAACAAUAUGUCUGCGAGUCAAGAGAAGAACGGGAAACAAAUUAGCUGUGGACUUAGCGGCGAGUUCGAACGUUCAAGAUGCGUUCGUCAUCGCCGUGGAGCAGCAGGCUCGAGAGCGCCUCGAGCGGCUCUCAGCUCUCAAGAAGAUCAAGCCGGUGGACAUGACCAAACUCUCCUCGCAGUUGGAGCCUCACAAGAGUGUAGUGAGUGUGGGCAGCAGCGGCGGGGGUCAGCCCAGCCCGGGCGGCCGCUCUCCCGUCCACACCACCCCAAAGGAACAGCGAGACGACGUCAACGGCGUCCUCGAGAACUCGCCCAUCUACGUCACCAGUGUCCCCAACCUUACAUCUGAACUCCCGCGGGCCAGGUCACGGUCCAGAUCCUCCACUCCUAACCGGACGUCUCCAAGCCCGCGGCGCCAACACUCGGCGCGCAGUGCUCGGGACACCCCACCCUCCCCCCUCACGCCCAGCCCUCGGCGGGAGGCGCCUACGCUCAGCAAGAGUGCUGAGAGCCCCAGCGUUGACCGCAGCUCUCGCCGCUCCAGCAAGAGGCGCAGCUCGGCCAAGCUGACCAACGGCCACCAAGGGGUCGGGAUCGAGGCCGAGGCCGACGCUAACAAGAGCGGGGACGAGCUUGAACUAACCCACGACCUAAACGACACCCUCGACGACACUGAGGAAAUAGACCCGGACGACGCCGCUGAGGCCCAGUGUGACCGUACUGACAGUGAGGACAGACUUGACCUGGAGGGAGCGUGUCUUAGUGAGAGUGGAGACUCCCUGCCAGGUACGCCGGAGAAAGCGUACGGCAUCACCCGGUCGUCCCGCGGGAGCCGGCGUGACCGUGCGUCCCCCAGGGAGGUGCUCCUGGACCACGAGCCCCAGCAGGAGGUGCGGGCCAAGACGCCCCUCCACGCCGUCAGCAGCAUCGAGAGCCGCGACAGCACAAGGUACAGUUUGGGAAGGAGUCUAUCUUCAUGCUCGCGCAAGUCCGGCGGGAGCAGUGGGAGUGGAGAGGUGGGGCGCGGAACCCCCCGCCACAAGAGCACAGGGGGCAGUACACCCCGCCACUCCCGCAAGGGUCGGGAGCCACGAGACCCCGCCACUGUCAUCUCGGCGCCUGAGAUCGGCCUUGACAACAUGAUCAGUAUGGUGGAGUUCGACCCCGGCCACCGCGAGAUGGCCGUUGACGUGCCUGACUCAUUCGUGGCGCGCACUAAGACUCCACCAAGAUACCCACCACCUAAGCCUCAGGGACAGCCCCUCACACCUAUCCACAACAAUAAUAAUAAUAGCAGCAAGAGUAGCAAGAAGGGUGGUUCAUCUGGUAGUGCCACACCACAGAAUGGCACACUACCCAAGCCUACACCUCCCCCACGUAUCCCAGACCAGCCCCAGAGAUCGCCUCAGCUCCCUCCCUCACAGCAAGAGGGACUGAUGCAGCAACCAUCCACUCAAGAAGAGAUAAACAGGAUAAAGAAAUAUGAGCUGCAUUUCAUCAAGGGAAAAUCACAGGGAAGGAUUUAUGAGGAGGAACUAAAAGUUCGGAGGGAGCGUGAGGAGCAAGAAGCCAUGUUAAGGUCUUCAUUACGAUCAUCCCAAAAACUGCAGCAACUCGCUAAUAAACCAGUGCCAACUGGAGUUGUGAAUGAGGGAUUUUCAGUAGAGGAGUUGCAGGCAGGGGUGGAAGCCCAGGCUGGUGCUGAGACUGACACAGACACACCAAGCAAAGUCAUAGGCAUCAAUGAACUAAUUCAGUCACUUCAAAGGAUUCAGACGGUGCUUAAGUCUAACGGCCACCGGAUUAGUGAAGACAUGACUCUUGUGGCUCAACUUUUGACCAAUCCAGAGUUCCAGAAGGUGCUGGCUGUUCACAAUAAGGUGCAAGAAACGUGGUGUUUAAACCGACCCCCCACACCUGUCACAGACAAUGCUCAAGAACUUUUAGUAGAGAGUCUUCAAGAGCUACAAGAAUACACAGUACCUGAGGCAGCUGAACUUAUUGACAUACUUAACAAAUACUCUGUGGAAGGCCUGUUAUAUGCUCAUGAUCGGAUUGCUGAGCGUGAGCCUCUGCCAGUGGGGAAUUUACCCGAGGAGGAAGUGCUGGAUAGAGUCACAAAUUACCCAGAAGAAAGUGUCAAAAUUGUCCGCAUUGACAAGACUAAUGAGCCCUUGGGCGCUACGAUUAGAAAUGAAGGCGAUUCUGUGAUCAUUGGCCGCAUCGUGAAGGGUGGUGCUGCCGAGAAGUCUGGUCUCCUCCAUGAGGGUGAUGAAAUUUUGGAAGUUAAUGGUGUAGAAGUGAGAGGCAAAUCUGUCAAUGACAUUUGUGACAUGCUUGCUGGAAUGACAGGAACCUUAACCUUUAUCAUCAUCCCAAGUGGACAGCCUCCUCCAGCAACUCGCCCACCAAUUGCUCAGACAAUACACGUCAAGGCGCACUUUGACUAUGAUCCUGAAGAGGAUUUGUACAUACCAUGCAGGGAGUUGGGUAUGAGCUUCCAAAAAGGAGAUAUUCUUCAUGUCAUCUCUCAGUCUGACCCCAACUGGUGGCAGGCCUACCGGGAUGGGGAGGAAGACCAAACCCUUGCAGGUCUUGUUCCUUCAAAGACCUUCCAGCAGCACCGGGAGGCAAUGAGACAAACAGUCGUAGGUGACAACAACAACAAGGAAAAGACCAAGAAGGGCAAGUUGUUAUGUGCCAAAAAGCAUCAGAAGAAAAAGAAGAAGAAAAUGCUUUAUCCAAACUAUAAUGAAGCACGGAGCAACUCUCCACUUCCUAUGCCAGGAAGAGGAGGCCCAGGUGCUGACAUCAUAAAUGAAACAGAGAACUCAGGAGCUCAAGCAAGAAGUAGAGUGUUGACACUGAGAUUUGCCCUCCCAGCUUGUCGUUGUGUUAAAGGAAGCACACGAAGGAGACGGUGCAGCUCAUUGUCUGACCUCGAUGUUGAUUUUGAUUCGGAAGAAAUUCUUACAUAUGAAGAUGUGGCAUUAUAUUACCCAAGAGCAAACACAAAACGACCAAUUGUCCUCAUUGGUCCUCCAAACAUCGGACGACACGAACUCAGGCAAAAACUCAUGGAAGACAGGGAUAGAUUUGCAGCUGCCAUUCCACACACAUCUCGCACACGAAGAGAAACGGAGUUGGAUGGUCAGGACUAUCAUUUUAUUUCACGGACACAAUUUGAAUCCGACAUACUAGCACGCAAAUUUGUUGAACAUGGGGAGUAUGAAAAAGCCUAUUAUGGGACCAGCUUAAUGGCCAUCAGAGCUGUCGUGAAUUCUGGCAAAAUCUGUGUUCUCAACCUUCACCCUCUGUCCCUCAAGAUUCUCAAAAGUUCUGAUCUCAAACCAUUUGUUGUAUUUGUUGCUCCCCCAUCACUGGAGAAGCUUAGGCAGAAGAAACAGAGAUUAGGAGAACCAGUAAAGGAUGAGGAGUUGAAAGAAACUAUAGAGAAGGCCCGGGAGAUGGAAGAACAGUAUGGUCAUUAUUUUGACCUGAUCAUCAUCAAUCAAGACGUAGAUCGUGCCUACCACCAACUGCUUCAUGAGAUCAACAUGUUGGAACGAGAGCCUCAGUGGGUCCCUGCAGCCUGGCUCGCACAUGAUCAGUGAUGGGUACUGUAGUGUUCCUAUGGUGCCAAAAUGAUACCCCUGCGCUUCCCCCUGGCCAAAGGCAGAAGACUCCUGGCUACUGUCCUCAAGGCAAUUCCUAUAAUGGAAGUCUCAAAAUGAAGGGCAACCAGGUCUAUACAAUCAGUAAUGUGACAGUGUUUGUGUAAGAAUUAUUGGAUGGACAUAUGGUGAAGGAAAGUGUACAGACAAACAAUGUUGAAAACUUAAAAGGUUGUGUUCGAAAAUGGCUUUGUGUUCAUUCAUGAUCACGUGUGAAAAUCCACUUCAAGAAGAAUUAAAAGAAAUAAGAAAUUGAAGUAAUUGGUUAACGUAGUGACAUUGACAUAGGAAAUUGACGUAUACUUUAAACCUUCCCCAUUCUGUGCAAAUUUAGGUAAUGACAACUAGACCAAAGCUUCAUUUGCAAAAGGUGGGAAGUUUAAGCUCAUUGCAACUUUGAAACAAGCCAUCAACUGAAAAUUUAAGACUUAACAAAAUGGAACUCUGGAAGUAAAGUAUUAAGCAGUCCACCUUUUGUUGAGGUGGCUCAAGUGUGUGUGAUACUAGAAGAACUCUAGAAACACGUUAUUUACCCUUGUAAAGAAGACUCCCUUACCCUCGUCUAGUUUUAAAUGUCUUUUGUUAUCUACAUUUUCUAUUACAUUUAGUUGAUGUACAUAAAAUUCUUUACAUUUUUUGAACAUUUAUAUAUCCAUUAUAUCCAUAUCAAGAUUUCAAAACAUUUUUAAUAAAUGUCCCUCUUUCAACAGUUUUAAAUAUAGAUAAAAAAUAUAGAUGCAUUUCAAUCCAUUUUUAACAAAAAUGUGUUAAUGUCAUUCAGAUAACUCAAAUUCAUCAUAAAUGUAUUUUAUCGUUGAAGUAUUAUAUCAGUCCCAUGAUAGCUGGAAACAUUGCUCAUUUAAUAUAAAGAUUUUUUUAUUGGUGGUGUGCAAUAAGCAAAAAUUUGAUGUUUAAUGAAAUUUGAAAACAUAAUGUAAUUCACAUCUUUCCAGUGAUUCCCCCCCCUCCCCCCCUGUAAGUGUCUGUAAUGUACAUAGAGGUGCCAUAUUACAUCAAAGUUGACCCAUUUUACAUCAAAGCUGUGACUCCAGUUAUUUACAGUGUUAAGCAGCAAUAAUACCUACAUACAGUACAUCUAAAACAUGUGUUGUAAAGUCUUCAGUACUUUUACUUUCUUAAGGCUCUAGGAAUUAGCUCUGCCAAUUUGUAACAGAUGAUUAAUCCGAGUGUCUUAUUCAGAAUGAAUAUUGUGCAUCAUAUAUUCAUGCCUGAGAAAGCCUGCAAAGUGAAGUCUCAUGUUGACAACAAAAGCACAAGUUUAUGAGAAGUCAAGUUUGUGAUGUUGACAUUUUACUCAGAUGAUACUGAAAAUAUAUACAUAUAAAAUUGUAACCAGUAUUUCAAUGGUGUUCCCUCCUCCUCCCAAUUUAUGUAACUCCUGUAUAUACUGUUACAAUCUUCCUAUGUUUAAUUUGUUGUAAGUAGAAACAUAUAUGCCUCAUUAUAAUACACCAUUAAAUAAUUACGAUUCCUAAAAUAAAUGUGUAUACUAGUAA